AUGGCACGCACACGAGAGCCACCGUCCGACAAAAACGAAAUCCAGCAAUUCCGCGACAAAGUGGAGGGCGACAAGAAAGACCUAAAGACUCUGCUGCAGAAGGGGAUGAACCAGGCACAGAGAGAACGUGAUCGCCGCAUCAACGACAUCGCUUCAGCUAUCUCAGAAGCCCUCCUCCCAGCAUCGGUGAAUGACCAAGGAGUAAAUCAACCUCAGACGACAUUUCCCGGCACGGAAAUCGCUGGCAACCCCAUCUUCGCAUCCGCGGCACAGAUGCUUGAAGCUUCUAGGGGUCUGGUAAAGGAGUACGAUAGAAUGGAAGAGAGGGCAGCGAAGGCUUUUCCGCGGAAAGAGCAGCACAUGACGGAAGUAUGGCAGCAGGAUGUGAGGAAUACAGAGAGACAACUAGAUCUAGGGUACAAGAUAGCAUUGCGGAAUGUGAAGAAGGUGCUCGGAGUAGAAGGUGCAAAGGAUGAGAUGAAGGGGGCUGAAGAAGAUCGAGAGGACAUGGAAGGCGAAGAGGAGAUGUCCGAGCCACCCCUGAACUACGAGCUUCGAAAGGCACUCCGGUAUGCUGAGAGAGGGGUUAAGAGAAUGGUCAAAGGUCUUCCAAAAGAUGAAGCUAUGGAUAUAUAG